CAGCGAGCUGUCAGUGCGCGUAAAGCCACACGCAGGCAACAGAUUUGUGCGAUAAAUAUUAUUAAAAUGCGGUUAUCAUAGUUUGGUUUAUUUACAUUGACCUCCUAAAUAUCACUGUUGCCAUGUACGCGCGCAGACGCUUUUGUACGCGGAAACGUAAGAUGGCAAAGACAGACAGUGAAGACGACAGAAGUUGGAAUGAUAAGACUGAGGAGUGAAUAAAUCGACCAAGAUGGGAAAAUUACACUAAAAACGAGCUAUGCAAAAGACUUUCAAGAUGCAAGACGAGCGCACCGAGUAUGCGUCUGGGAGUCUCCCGUUAAGUGAAUACAACACGAGCUUCACGGAGAACAGGACUAAUUUCUCCUGGAGUGACUUUCAAGAUCUCACCGAUUUGGAUAAACCCGAUUUUAUGGGAGACGGAUCUGCAGUCCUGAGAAUAAUCAUCUCUGUCAUUUACUCGGUUGUGUGCGCACUGGGUUUAAUCGGAAACAUCCUCGUCCUUUAUCUCAUGAAGUCCAAACAAGCAUGGAAGAAGUCUUCUAUCAACCUCUUCGUGACCAGUUUGGCGGUCACAGACUUUCAGUUCGUUUUGACGCUUCCCUUUUGGGCUGUGGAGAACGCCAUGGAUUUCACUUGGCUGUUUGGGAAGGCGAUGUGUAAGAUAGUUUCUUAUGUUACAGCUACGAACAUGUACGCCAGCGUGUUUUUCCUCACGGCUAUGAGCGUGGCGAGAUACUGCUCCGUGGCGUCGGCGUUAAAAAGUAGGAGACGCCGGUUGCGUUUCCCCGCGCAGUGGAUGACUAUAGUCAUUUGGAUUGCAGCGGUCGGUGCCGCUCUGCCAAACGCGAUAUUUUCAACGACCGCCACGGUGUCCAACGAGGAACUGUGUCUGGUGAAAUUUCCUGACAGGAGCGGGGACGCGCAAUUUUGGCUGGGUUUAUAUCACGCGCAAAAAGUACUUCUGGGGUUCCUCAUUCCGUUCGGAAUAAUCACAAUCUGUUACCUGCUUCUCCUACGCUUCAUAACGAACAAAAACGUAAACACCUCUAGUGCUAAAAGGCGCUCAAAAGUGACUAAAUCUGUGACUAUCGUCGUUUUGUCUUUUUUCCUGUGCUGGCUACCGAAUCAGGCGUUAACAGCUUGGGGAAUCUUAAUAAAACUUAACGUAGUGCACUUCAGUUAUGAAUAUUAUGCUACACAAGUGUAUAUUUUUCCAGUCACAGUAUGUUUGGCACAUUCAAACAGUUGUCUCAAUCCCAUUCUGUACUGUUUAAUGAGAAGGGAAUUCAGAAAAGCGUUGAAAAAGCUGUUUUGGCAAAUUACCUCGCCUUCAGUGACCAACAUGAGACCAUUUACCGCCUCCACGAAGCCGGAGCAGGAUGAGCACGGUCCCGCGCUGGUUCCGCUCAGCCCCGCGGAGCCCGCGCUUAUUUUUUAUCCUCCGGGGGCUGUUAUGUACAACGGCAGAAACGACCUCCUGCCUAACAGCACUUAACGAGUUGUUGGUGAUGAGGAAUAUUUCAGACUCAGACAAAAUGGCUAAUUAAUUAGUUCUUAACAUUAAGAUUUUUCACCGCCAAAUAAAAGCAGACUAAAGUCGUCCCGGUCUGGAACACCUCGUAGAAGUGGAAGGGAGCCUCCCAGUGCAAAACCUUUCUUAAUUGCGCGGUUCUAAUCCAUUCUGGGUUUACAUUUUCACCCUCUCACUAGUGAGAAAACCUUUUCAAGCGUGAGGAAACAGCUCAUUAUUCCAUGCGAAUCACACAAACUUUGCUCCCUGUUUAACUCGACUUGGAACUGUGAAAAAAACAAUCUAAUUAAGAAAUGUUUGUGUAAGUAUUCAUUAUAAUAUCUGACAGACUUUGCACAAAGCACAACGUGGAAAUAAAAAUACAUUUGCAUUGUUGUUGUUAAUUUUUUUUCAAUGUGUCAACAAUAUCUUAAUUAUAUUAACCUAUUAAUCCACAGUAAGGUACAAAAUAUGUAUUUUUGCUCAAACCAUUACCCAAAGCAAACCAUUAGGCCUACAUUGCUAAUAAACAUCUUACAUCAGACAGUGAUGGGUUGCAGGUUUUUUUGGAAUUUAAAUUCUAUAUAUUCUAUAUAAUAUACUAGCCUGACAAGGUCAGGAGACGGCUAAGACCAGCAAACCAUCUUAGGCUGGUUUAAGAUGUUCUUUUCCAGCAGGAUGAAGAUAAAGUGGAUCAUUAAGAAGGUAUGUUAUCAUUACAUGCCUACAUGUGAACUUGUGUACAUUUGGUCAAUUAUUUGACUUUACUGAUUUGUCCAACCUUGUUGUCAGAUUAAAAAAUA